AUGAUAAGCUAUGAGUCGACAGUGGCGUUCUCCAACAGUCGUCGAAUUAGUCGACUGUCGUCGAGUUUUCAACCGACAAUAUAUUCGAGACGUACUUCAAUAUUUAUUUCGUGUCUAUCAAUUUUUUCACUACUUUCAUCGGUUGCUGCUGUCCAAGUUGUCAAUCAACAACAACAGCAACAGCCACAACAACAAGUUCCAUCUUCAUUUUCUAUUAUAUCAUCUAAUGGAACAACAACAACGAUAUCUAAUAAUACUCGACAACGAAUACAAACAACAAUUUCAUUAUUAUCAUCAAUAACAACAACAACAACAACAACAACUACUGCUAACAUAAAAAUAAAUAAUGAAUUUAAUAAUAUAACAAAUAGUUCACAAACUGAUCAAAAUGAUACUCGUAAUCCUGUAAUUGUAAUUAUUAUUUUAAUUAUUUGUUCAUUAAUGUGUGCUUUAACGAUAAUUGGAAAUCUUGUUGUUAUACUUUCUGUUUGUAUUGUACGAAAAUUACAAACAGCAUCAAAUAUACUUAUUGUUAGUCUUGCUGUUAGUGACAUUUUCGUUGGUUUAUUUAUUAUGCCGUUGGCCAUGGUGCUUGAAUUAAGUCAUGAGUGGAUUUUAGGUUCAAUUAUGUGUGACAUAUGGACAUCAACGGAUGUUCUUUUAUGUACUUCAUCUAUAUUGAAUUUUUUGGUUAUUUCAAUUGAUCGUUAUUUUAUUAUCAAUCAUCCAUUUAAAUAUGCUCCUAUGCGUAAAGUUAAAUUAUUAUCAUUUAUGAUAGCCGGUGUUUGGAUACUAAGUGCACUUGUUUCUUUACCACCUAUUCUAGGCUGGGGACGUCCCUCAGAGAAUCUUCCAAUUUGUGAAGUAAAUCCAAAAUUAGAAUAUCAAAUCUUUGCAACAAUGCUUUCAUUUUACAUUCCCCUUAUUGUUGUACUAAUAAUCUAUGCUAACAUCUAUCGAACAGCACAAACAGCUAUGGAUACUCGAUCAAGUGUUCAAAUGUCUCAAUUUCUAACACAUAAUGCUUCGUCAGCCAAUUUAGGACAAAAUGUAGGUGCAAUAUCUAAACAACAAUUAAAUGGAACAGGCCAUUCAUCACCUCAAUUAUAUUUAAGUGCAUCGAAUGUAACUAAUAAUGAUGAUAAUAGUUUAGCAUUAGGUGGAAGACGAUCAGUAAAACGUUCAAUAAAUAAUUCACGUCAAUCAAAAUCAUCGAGUUUUUUUACUUCAGCAGGAUGUUUAGGUCGUCGUAUAAGUACACCAUUUAAUGGUCGUUUAUCGGUAUUUGUUUCACGACGUACAACAUUUUUUCGUCAUGUUCAUUUACCAAAUCAAAAAGCAAUACGUACACUUGGAGUUAUCUUAGGAACAUUUAUUGUUUGUUGGCUUCCAUUUAUGUCAUUUGCAAUAAUAAAACCUUUACAUGAACGUAUAACAGGUUUAACAAGUACUGCUCGACCAUUAAAUGCUCCGAAAUGGAUUGAUUCAGUAUUACUUUGGUUUGGAUAUUUAUCAUCAAUGUUAAAUCCAAUAAUUUAUUCGAAAUUUAAUCGAGAAUUUCGAACACCAUUUCGUGAAAUAAUUUGUUGUCGUUGCUGGGGUUUGAAUGAAAAAAUUCGACGACAAGAUUAUUUAGAAAAUUUAUAUGGAGAAAAUCAUUCACAACAACAACAACCACCACCACAAAUUCAUAUAACAACAUCUACAAGAAAUAGCAGCAAUCCUGAAGCAGCAGCCGUGUGA